CUGAUGAAGAUCUCUGUCGAUGUUCAGAGCUCAGCAAGCCUUCAUGCCGUGGAGAUCUCUAAAAUAUCCUGAGAAUCAUCCUCAGACUGUUGAGUCUUGAUUUCUGCAGAACACUGGUCACACCUUCAGUAAACCUUACCAGUGCAUGAACUCAGACAUUUUUAAGCUCAGCAUGAGUGAGGUUAUUGACGUGGCCUGUGAGGAAGGAGAUAAAGUGCAGCCUGAGGAUGUUAACAUGAGCUCUGAUGUUUCUCCUGACAGCUCUACAUCCCAGCAGACUGAAGGUCCCUUGUGUGUGUCAGAGCGGCAGACUAUGAGGAUCUUCCUCAGAAUCAGACCCUUCUCUAAGGAGGAGCUCACUGAAAAUGAGGAUCAGGAUUGUGUGCUGAUUGAAAACAGCCAGACAGUGGCCCUGAAGGCACCAAAAGGUUCUGCCACCAUGAAGAGCAGCGAGAGAGGCAUCGGCAUGUCCAUCCACAAAUUCUCCUUCUCCCAGGUUUUCAGACCAGAGACGACACAAUCUGAGCUGUUUGAGGACACGGUCAGAGCUCAGACGUCAGAUUUCUUGGAUGGAGAAAAUUCCCUGAUUUUCAGCUAUGGAGUAACUAAUGCUGGGAAAACCUACACAAUCCAAGGGAGUCCUAAAGAGCCAGGGAUCCUGCCUCGGGUGCUUGAUGCCACCUUCCAACACAUUGGAGGCCGUCAGUAUGAAGAGAUGGACAUAAAACCUUACCUGAGGAAUGAUGCACAAUGUCUGGAUUCUGAUCAGGUCAAGCAAGAGAGAAGUGCUAAAGUGGCUGUUUUUGCUUCACUUAAAGAAGAUUGUGAUGCUCUGAAAGUCAGCAGAGGCUCAGAGUCUUUGUUCUACUCCAGCUCAGCUAUCUCAUCCUCCUCUUUGUGCACCAAUCAAACUGACAAUAAUCCAUCAGAAACAGACAGCAGCCAGUUUGCAUUGUGGGUUGCAUUUUUUGAAAUCUACAAUGAAUGCGUGUAUGACCUGCUUCAACCUCAACUGUGCUCAAAAUCUAAGAAACGAGCUUCUCUGAGAGUGUGUGAUGACGGGGCUGGAAAUGCUUACGUUAAAGAUCUGAGGUGGAUAAACAUCCAGACUCUGGGUGAAGCCAGCAGACUGCUUCAGUUUGGAAACAAGAACAGAAGUGCUGCAGCUACAAAGAUGAACCAGUCAUCCAGCAGAAGCCACAGCAUAUUCACCAUGAAGUUACUGAAGAUCGAUGGUAGCACAGUCAAAAGGAUCUCAGAGUUUUCUCUGUGCGACCUGGCCGGCUCAGAACGAUGCAACAAAUCCAAAACGUUUGGAGAGAGGCUGAAGGAGGCUGGAAACAUUAACAACUCCCUUCUCAUUCUGGGGAAAUGUAUCACAGCACUCCGCAACAAUCAGAUACAAUCUGACAGAACGAAGAGCAGCUACAUUCCUUUCAGAGAGAGUAAACUCACAAAGCUCUUCCAGGCUUUUUUCUGUGGUAAAGGCAGAGCAUCUAUGAUCGUCAACAUUAACCAGUGUGCUUCUACGUAUGAUGAGACUCUGCAUGUGAUGAAAUUUGCCGCUGUGGCCAAACAGCUCUGCUGUCUGCAGGUGGUUCAGGUGAUUCCAGACAAACACCUGGAAUCUCUGGCUCCGUGUUUGGUCGGCAGUGAUGGGAAACCUUUGGUGAAGAACGGGAUGAUCGAUAGCCAGGUCCUGGAGAGCUACCUGUCUGAGGAAGAGCUACUGGAUGAGGAGGACGAGGCUGAUGUGUCUCUGUUGCCUCAGCAUGAACUUCUGAGCAUGAUUGAGAGUCUGAGGUCCAAACUUUUGGCAGAGCGGAGAAGAAAUCUGGUUCAGGAAAUGGAGAUCCGUAAAGAAAUGGGAGACGCGAUGUUAGAGCAGCUCAUGGAGAGUGAAGAGCUCCGCAAUCGACGGAUAGAAGAGCUGAAGGAGAGCUACGAAGCAAAACUGGAGAGCACGUUUGAGAUGUACAAAGAUGCCAUCAAAGAGUACGCCUACAAGAGCGCCAUUAACAACCUGGAAGACAACUACGUGCCGCUGGACGAGUUCAUGGCUGAGCAGGAGAAAGUGGAGGCUCUGAAGCGAAAAGUGUCAGAACUGGAGAACUUAAUGUUGAGUAAUAGAGUGCAGGCAGUUCAAACCGUGGAUCAGUCAUGCCAAACUCAACCACAGAAACCAACAGAUUCAGGAGCUCUCUCUAUCCUGACAGCUGAUGAUCGCUGCAAUCGUCUCUACAGAGAGAAGUGUGCCAUAGAGCGGAUGUGUGAGGAUAAACAGCAGUUGAUUUUGUCUCUGGAGAGACGGCUGAUGGAGCUCAGUGACACCCUGCAGAAGGUCAGAGAUGGUUUCCUGGAGAAGUCUGCUGAUCUGGAGCUUCUGCAGAGAAAAUCUGAUGACCAGGGCAAAAAUCUUGAGGACAUCCUGCGACAGAACCUUGAGAAGGACAGAGAGAUCGCCUCACUAAAGGCAGAAAUUGCCAAGCUUUCCCAAAAGUCUCCUGUGCAGCAAAAAAACAAACGCAGUCUCUUCGCCAACAUCAGGGAGGUGGUGACUUCUCCACGGAAGACGACCUCCAGCCGGACUCUGAGGAAGACCAUGAAGAAGCCAGACCACUGAAACCUACCUGUGUGAUGCUUUAUGUAGGUUUCAGAUUAAGUUUUUAAAUGUUUUAAUAAAAUUUGAAUUUAACUCUU